UUCCUCUAGAAUUAUUGUUGUUGUUUUGCGGUCUUCUACGCCUUCCUAUUUAUAUAAAAAAAAUUUUUUUAAUCAAGAGAAAAAAUCUUAAACUGGGAAAAUUAUGGAAUUUAAUGGGAAAAUAAAUUACGUAAAGGAAUUCCUUCAAAAACAGAGAGUACUAUAUAAGUAUUACAACCAAUACCAGAUACUCCUAAGUAGUUAGCAGUAGGGGGAUGUCGGGGGAUUAGAUAGGGUUACGUCGGUGGAUUAACAGCGGAUUAGGAGGGGAUUAGGAGGGACGUCGGGGAACGACAUCCUUUGAAGACAUCUUUUUUUCCUCUCUCUCUCUUCCCCCACAUCGUUUCCCCCUCCCUCUCUCAUUUCUCACUACUCUUUUUUUUCUCGCUCUGUUUUUUCUCCAACAACCUUUUUUCUCUCUUACAGCUCCUUCUACUAAAAUUAAUCAAUAAAUGGUGAGAAGAAAAGUUUACCACAUAUUUUUCUUCUCUUCAAUACAUUUUUUCUUCCCACUUAUUGAUUUUGUUGGUCAGUAACAAGAAGACCAUUUACAUACGACUAUAUUUUUUAAUGUUUUCAAACAUUUUACAUAUUUGUAUUUUAUUCGGUCUAUUUUUAAUUUUUAGGGGUUCACUGUUGAACUGUUGAUUAUUCUACUUUACCACUUAAUAAUUCUUAUGCAGAAUCCAGAGAAUAUUUCAAAUCCUCAUCAAUCUCUCUAUGAAGAUUUAUUUUCCAAGCUGAAUCCGAUGGGCAAAGAUGAAAUCGAUUCAACCAGUAUUGCUGCUUUUCUAAGAACUGCUAAAGAUGUUAAUACGGCGCAGCUUUCUCAGAUUUGGAAAGCAGCUUGUAAAUCGAGUGGCUUUGUAAAGCGUGGAUUUCUAAACAAAUUGGGCAUUUUUAUGUGUUUUAAGGUAUUUUGUUUAAAAUUUAAAUGUACUUUUGCACCUUUACAAAUCUUAUCAAAGGAUUUAAUGUCUAUAUUAGGGUCGUAA